UCUAUCUAUUUUUCUACACCACAGUCCGUUGAUGGUAAUGACUUUUGUCUUGAAAUUGGUGAUCGGGUUCCAGAUGUAAUAUCCGUUUCCUUUACAAAGGUUUGAAUUAACAUGGCGCUAAAAGUAGUCGCCAGUGACCUAUCGUCAAACAUUGAUGCAGUGUCCAAUUUAGAUCCUAGGAUUACAUUUAAUUCAAGAAUGACAGUUUGUCAAUUGAGAAAAUACGGAGAGGUGUUUAAUAAUCUGUUAGCUGGUCAAAAUCAGAUUACCGAAGACACCAAGAAAAAUCUCAUGGAGGAACUAAUUUCGACAUUUGAGACCACAGUUCAAGAGAAUAUCGUAUUGGAUGGACAAUUAUGUGAAGAGACUCAGGAUGAAAAAGGUGAAAGAACAACAAUUGACGACUUACUGGAUGAAAAAAUCGUUGAGACCUCCAAGAAACGUAGUUGUUAUCCCAAGAGGAUCAGCCAUUUCGUUGUGCGAUCACUGAAGGCAGAGCGAAAACUAAUGGAGAUGUAUGGCCAUGUAAAUGAUACGGAGGAAAUGGAACAGGAAGCCUUUCAAGACUGCAUCAUGAAAAAUGUAUCCGAGGCAGCACCUGGACGGUUCAAACAAGUAACUGCUGCGAUGAAAUCUUUGCAGGAGGUGUAUAUCAGAGCAGAAGGUCUGCAUCAGGUGCUAAGUGCCAAUCCCUCGGCUCAGUCUUUGGAGAUCGACAGAGAGUUGUUUGGCAGCUACAGAGAGGAAAGAGCCCCCCUUUUCUGCGAGGCUGAUUCUGAGAAGUCACACGUAGAAACUUCUGCAUGCCAUUCCCCUGUACCCUGAUUUGUAUAAAUUGACAUGUUAUGACAAUCUAUAGUUACUCCUGAGUUUAGUUAACCUAGACACAUUUCUCAGCUCCAUUGUUUGUCAACCCAUUGUAAUAUAGAUAUCUAUAUAUAACAAAUAAAAAUGUAUUUCACA